AUGUCGAACAACGAAGACGUGAACAACGGUGAAAAUAGUUCUGCGAGAGAGGAAACACCUACCGCAAUCGUUAACGGCGUUGAGGGUACAAACUGCAUCAAACAGUGCGGCUCGUGUGCUUCAUUCCGUACAGCAACACCAGACUCGACUCUCGGCUGUCCACUUGAGCAGGCUCCAAGACCGCUUACCAUCGAUCCGGCACUUCGAUACAGAAAUUCCCAAGAAGAUCCCUUCAUGGUCGCCAUGCAAGAGCAGCGAAAAUAUCACCAGAGGUUCGAAGAAGACUUCCAACGCCUAAUAGACAGCCAAGAGUCUGCGAAAGCUUCACAGGAGAUGGCCGCUACCGCUGAGUCGAAGCCUGAGCACGCCGAUGAUCCUAAUGAGAUGUCCUGGGCACCUGUACUAGACAAGACCCAACUUCAAAGCCUGCUCGAGGAACCAAAGGACUCCCGAGCUGUGUUCCUCACAAAAGUCAAGGGCAUGUCUGUCAGCGAAAAGUCAUCCGGCUUGAUCAAAGACGUUCUCAAGGGUCUGGCUAUCGGUACAGUCGUUGUGGUGAUCAUCAUGGCCGUCGGAUACCUUACGCUUGCGAAGAACUGCCAGUUCCGGCCUGGUCAGAAUGAGCGCGCUGGUGAUUACCUAGAGUGUGAGCAUGGCUUCGCGAUCGAGCGACACCUGAUGGUGAAGUUCUCCAGCAUACUCGGCCUCACACGCUCUACGGACGAAUGA